AUGGCCAGGACCCACGACACUGAGACACUGAUCUCUUUGGCCUCCAAAGCACUCCAGCUAUUUCCCGUCCCCUCUCCUCCUCCUGAGCAGCAUGGUAACAGCCAUGUUGGCCUGGCCCACCGCCAGUUGCUGGGCUCUUGGCGCCCCCUGCAGGCCAAUAGUAUCAGCUACCUGGCCAAGCUGUCGUCAGUGGGGAGUAUCUCAGAGGAGGAGACUUGUGAGAAACUCAAGGGGCUGAUCCAGAGGCAAGUCCAGCUGUGCAAGAGGAACCUGGAAGUGAUGGACUCUGUGCGCCGCGGCGCCCAGCUAGCUAUCGAGGAAUGUCAGUACCAGUUCCGGAACCGGCGCUGGAACUGCUCCACACUCGACUCAUUGCCUGUCUUUGGCAAAGUGGUGACACAAGGGACCCGGGAGGCGGCCUUUGUGUACGCCAUCUCUUCAGCAGGUGUGGCCUUUGCAGUGACACGCGCAUGCAGCAGCGGGGAGCUGGAAAAGUGUGGUUGCGACAGGACAGUGCACGGGGUCAGCCCCCAGGGCUUCCAGUGGUCAGGCUGCUCAGACAACAUCGCCUAUGGUGUGGCCUUCUCCCAGUCGUUCGUGGAUGUAAGGGAGAGAAGCAAGGGGGCCUCAUCCAGCCGGGCCCUCAUGAACCUACAUAACAACGAGGCUGGCAGAAAGGCGAUCCUGACACACAUGCGGGUGGAGUGCAAGUGCCAUGGUGUGUCGGGCUCCUGUGAGGUGAAGACGUGCUGGCGUGCCGUGCCACCCUUCCGUCAGGUGGGCCACGCGCUGAAGGAGAAGUUCGACGGUGCCACCGAGGUAGAGCCACGUCGGGUGGGCUCCUCCAGGGCGUUGGUGCCACGCAAUGCACAGUUCAAGCCGCACACUGACGAGGACCUAGUGUACCUGGAGCCCAGCCCAGACUUCUGCGAGCAGGACAUACGCAGCGGCGUGCUGGGCACACGAGGCCGCACGUGCAACAAGACCUCCAAGGCCAUCGACGGCUGUGAGCUGCUAUGCUGCGGCCGUGGCUUCCACACGGCCCAGGUUGAGCUGGCUGAGCGCUGCAGCUGCAAGUUCCACUGGUGCUGCUUUGUCAAGUGCCGGCAGUGCCAGCGGCUUGUGGAGCUACACACGUGCCGGUGACUGCCACCCCUGCACCUGGCCAACAUCUCGAGCUGGGGAAGGCCAAUCAUUUAAACAGUGCCCCCCGCCACCCACCCCCAAAGAUACUGGUUGUAUUUUUUGUUUUGGCUUGGUUUUUGGGUCCUCAUAU